UACCUUUAACUGUUUAGACUCGACCCACAAAAAAGAAGCAGCUGUUACCAGCAAAGUUUAGGUUAAAGUUUUUCGCCGGCUAGUAAUAAAAUACAUUUAAACAGAUUUACUAACUUUGUAUACAUUGGAAGUGUUCUAGGGAAUGAUGGCAGAGAAAUCUAUGAGUAACUGACGAGGAUCAAGAGUAAUGAACAUGCUUGCCAGUUAACACCAAAGCAGUAUCUGAGGGCCUGUAGCUAUGGGCACACAGUUCACAAUCGAUGACGCAUUCGUCCUGGAGGGGGAGGAGGAUAGUGUGGUGCCUGGAGAGGAUGUGGGGGACUGGAAGGGGAGAGAGAAGGAUGGCGGGGGAGAAAUGACGUUUGGACCUCUUUCUUUUGCAAAAACACAAACGUCUGGACCCACCGGCACUCCUGAACAUAGUAAUCUGAAAUAUCAGAACCUGGAAAAUGAAGAUGCCUUACAUGGCACUGUGAACUCUUCUUUCAAUAACUUCUUCAAAAUCAGUGAUCCUGCUACUCUGUCCUACUGCAGCUCUCAGUGGUCAUUCAGCACACUCAGCUCAGUCACACAGCUGUCUGCUCACUGCUGCGGGUGGACGUCUCACCCACUGGUGAAGAAGAACAGACGAGUCGUUCUUGCCUCAUUCCUCCUCUUAAUCACUGGAGUUGCUUUGAUCUUUACAGGCAUUGUCAUACAGUUAAACCCUCUCGCAGGCGUUUCAAGUGCAAUUUUCUUUGUUCCUGGAUUUCUUCUCUUCAUUCCUGGUGUCUAUCACGUGAUCUAUAUAAGCUGUGCAGUUCGGGGACGAAGAGGAUUCAAGUUCUUUUAUUUGCCGUACUUUGAGAAGUAAACCGUUUUUCUUCGCAUCAUCCAGACAGGUGGUCUGGAUAGCCCACCAUUUCAAACCCCUCUAAAAUGAAGUAAGGGGAUGACCUACUUUUACAAGCUCACUUACUAGUGGUUUUCUAAACCAUUUCUUCUUCGUUUUGGUAAAAGCCAGUCUGUACACAGGUCUAAGUAUAACCUCUACAGAUAAAAAAAGAAUGUGAUUUAGGAGUGUCAAGUGCAAAAAUAUACAAUCAUCCUUCAAAAGAAUGCACUGACUGUAAUACAUUUUUUUUAGUUACUAAAACAUACUCACUCCAAGGGCAUUCAAGAUGGAGAUGGCUUUUUUUAUUAUUCGGAAGAGAUCUGGAGAAAUCACAUCACUUGAUCACCAAUGGAUCCUGUUUUAUGAAUAGUCCAGUCUAUUGAUGAAUGUCUUGUAAAGAGAAAAUCUGCUUGUUACACAAAUCCAUCAUUGAGGUUUUUUAACUUCAAACCGCCGCUUUUGGCAAUAAUUCAUAAUAAUGCUUCUUUGGUGUAAACGUCCAUCCCCUGUUGUCCUCUCACAUCAAAAUCCACUGUGACAUGCGUUUAGAAUUGCACAUUUCUCUCCCAUUCAGUUUUCAACUAUUGUAUCCAGUUAAAAUAUGUGUCAUCUAUCCAUAAUAUUGCUUUCUUCAGUGAAGAUGUCUCAUCUGAAUCAGGAGAGAAAUAUGUGCAGGUCAAGCACUGUUUAAAAAACGAAGGGUAACAGGGGAUGGACUUUUUACUGAGAAAGCGCUAUUGAAGAUACAAAAUUAUCUACAGCUUGGAUUGCUUGAGGGGGGGGAAACUUUUUUGUUUUGUUUUCAUUUUUGGGUGAACUAUUCUUUUAAAACAUCCACUUAUACAGAAUUUGAAGUUACAUCUGAUGUUUUAGAUUAGCUGUUAUUAUAAGUUCUUAAUUCAGUGAAACAUACUUGGCAUUGAGCAGGGUGUAUUAUAAUAAACUUGUUAUAGGUGCACAAAGUUUUGUCAGGGAGCUUAGCAGAAUUAAUGACAUGAAAUUGCACACCUCUAGCCUUGUAUAAUUACAAACGAAAUCAUAGACAAAUGACAUGAAGAAUGAAAAUCUCAAUAGGAGAUAACCAAGAAUGCAAUUCAUCGUUUAGGAGAUUGCAUGCACACAUACAGUCUUGAUUUGUAAAGCAUUUUGUCUUAUCCAUCUAUUGUAAAUUUAAUUAAAGUUAAGAUGCAGCAACAAGUGAUUUGCUUCUCUACUGCACAUUCAUCUUUUUAAACUACUACCACUACUAACACUUUGAACCACUGUUUUAAUGUACAUCAUACAAAAACAAAUGAGUAUUGAAAAGAUUUUGUAUUGUGUAAUUCUUUUAAUCAAUAUGACACUACAAUAAACCUGUUUUUAUAUUUGCUUUUA